UCCAUAAUGAGGACACUUUGAGGAGCAGGAAUUGGCAAAAAAAGCAACUAGUCCAAACACUCCUUUUUAGAGCCGUUUCAGUUCUCUCUGCAAAAAAAUAAGGAGGAACAGACAGUCACCCGCCUGUAUUUGAAGACAAGCCAAAGGCAGCUAUGUCUUCAGUGGUGGAUCUUAAGACCAAGGAAGAAAAGGAUGCUGAGUUGGACAGACGAAUUGAAGCUUUGAGAAAGAAGAAUGAAGCUCUGGUCAAGAGGUACCAGGAAAUAGAGGAAGACAAGAAGAAAGCUGAGCAGGAGGGUAUUGCUGUGACAACGCCUCGUAAGCCCCGCCCCCACGAGCCGGAAACGGACAGGCGGAAGUCAGAGAAGGAAAACUUCACUGUCACAGUUGACCUUUCUAAACCAACAGGGGAGAAGAGAGUUGUCAAUGACUGGAAACCUGGAACGCCUCAUGGCAGGAAAACAGAGGAAAGCGAUAGUCACAGGGGGCCAAGUGAUGUCCACAGUCCUCCCAGGAGGACAGGCUCUGGAAGAUUGAGUCGAGGAGGUCAGAGAGGAGGAGGUGGAGGAGGAGGAGGUGGGGGCCGCCAAGACAGAAGGGACCGGGAUCCCAGGACACCCAGAGAGGGAGAGUCAGGUGAAACAGGAGGCCAGGGAUGGAGAGGAGGAAGAAGAGGAAGAGGAGGAGAGUCCAUGCCACCAGGUGGCAUGGACAGGAAGUCCAUGCCACCAGGUGGCAUGGACAGGAAGUCCAAGGAAUGGGAGGAGAAGAGGCGACAGAAUAUUGAGAAGAUGAAUGAGGAAAUGGAGAAGAUAGCAGAGUAUGAGAGAGGGCAGCGGCCGGAUGGAGAUAAGCCAAUUCGUAACUUCCUGGACGAUCCAAGACGUUCUGGUCCGGUGCCAGACACGGACCGAAAGGAAGGCAGCAGGAGACAUGUACGAAACUGGGGAGGGCUGGACUUUGACAAUGUGAAAACAGGAGCUGAACUGGAGAGGGAGUGGACUAGUCGAAGGCCUGGGCCGAAAGGUUCUGUGGACAUGACCAUGUCGAUGACGGGUCGGGAGAGAGCGGAGUACCUGCGCUGGAAGAAGGAGCGGGAGCAGAUUGACGAGGAGAGAUUAGCACGCCAUCGUAACGCCACUGGCCAGUGGAGACGAGAGUGGGAUGCUCAGAAGACGGAGAACAUGUUCAAGGAGGACCCGUAUGUGGCUGCAGAAGCGAGCGCAUCCGAGCCGGGCAGUAAGAGAGAUGACAGUAAGCGGCCUCCUAAAGCACCAACAUUUGGAGACUUCCUGUCCCAAGGAAGGACUCAGGGGCCCCGAGGGGACCGGAGAGGAGGAAAGGGCCGAGGACAGAAACAGAGCUACAGCAUGCAUGACAACCGCUGGGAAGGAGAGAAAGAAGAGGAAGGUAAAGAAAAGGUGGACAAGACCAAGAGAGAGAAAGAUAAAAAGACGAAGGAGGAGGAAGAGGAGAAAAAACCCAAACCACCUGCACCACAGAAGGUUCUGGAGAAGAAUGGAGAUGAAGAGGGUGAAGACGAUGAUGAAUGGGAGGAUGCCAGUGAUGGAGACGAAGUGGAGGAAGUAGCGGAAGAUAAAAGCGACUCGGAACAAGACUCCAAGGGCGAUGAGAAGAAAGACACUGGGAAAGAGAAACGAGGCAAGAGCAAGGACAGUUUACCCACGUCCACCAAGAUUCGCUCACAAACGCCAUCAGCAGGAAGUCCCAAAGAGCAGCGGACGCCCAGGCCGAAGGUCCACAUCCCCUCCCCUGCAGCAAUUCAGGAGUCACCAGAGGGAGGCAAACCCCUCAGCCCCUUCUACCCGCUGGAAGGCCACCAGCCUGUUACAGACUGGGGGGAAGAGAUGGAGAUGCUGUCGCCCCGUGGCAGCAUGGGAGGUGAGAGCCCGCUGAACGCCUCGAGCACUGAAUCCAGCCCCCCACAGAAGAAGGACCAGGAGAAGGAGGAGGAGGAGGAGAGCCGAGCUGCCAUCUCCAGUGAUGCUGUUGAGCUACAGAGUGAGGAGCAUCCAGCCACAGAUGUUUCCUCUCCAUCAGAAAAAAUACAGCUGACUCUGAUAGUGUCAGAACCAGAGGCGGCCGUUGUAGAACCCCCCGCAUCACUGCCUUCUGACCCCGCCCCCUCUGCUUUACCUGUCGCAGCCACCUCAGAGACCGGUGAGGCGGCAGUGAUGGUGAAUGAGGACACACCUGCAGCACCAUCACAAGGACAUGAACCCGACUCUCCUUCCUGUCCAGCUGUUGUGGAGGCUGAGCAGAGCUCUUCUGAACCGGCAGCAGGAGAAGACGACACUGCUGCACCUGCUGAGACCAACGAAGCUCCGGCAGCAGAAGAAACGCAGUCCUCAGAGCAGACGUCUUCAGGCUGAAGCUGGAACAAAUUCUGCUGAGGAGGAUGACGGCGGAGACUGAUGAAGAGUAUCACAGUACUCACAUUAGAGUGCCAUCACAUAUCUUAAUACAGGACAAGCCAUCAUGAGGAAUAACUGAGCAUCACCUCCAUGGUCAACCUCUUUGUUUAGUGCUCUCGCUCUGAGCUGCUGAUAAGUCUGAUCCACCUCAGUGUGUCACUUCACUCUGUUCAGUUCUGAGACAUCAAAGGUAAAAUGUCUCAGUGUAAAAAAUAAUAUGAAUGUUUAACUCUCACCGUGGGAUCUUUACGUUUUGUGCAGGGGAAGGGGGGAUGAGCUGAGCAUGAUCUGUUUUAGUUUAUAUGUAGAGAUGUUCACACAAAGAUGAUUUAAGACAUGCUGAAGAAGGAAAAAAAAUUUACACUGCCCUCACAACCUCAUUACAGUCUUUUAGAAGCAAUUUCUUCUUCUUCUUCGUAAUGAAUUGAAACUCGGCUCACUGCGUCCUGACAGCGAGAAUCAGCUGACGCAUCAGUGAGCUCAGAGCAGGGUCUCGGAUGAUGACCAGAACUAAUGUUUGCUGCUCUCAGCGAGUAUCUAGAUAUAUUGAAAAGCCUUUAUUUGAUUGAUGGGUCUAAACAAAGAAGGUGACCAAGCCCAGGAAGUCCACAGUGAGUGAAGCCAGACCUGUACAACCAGUAUGGUUAAAGAAAAUAACAAAGUUUCUCUGCUGACCAUUUUGUCUGUGAACAACUUUUGACGGAUAUGUUUAGUUAUGUUAUGUUUACUUUUGUCUUUUAAUUCUUUUUAAAUUUUGCUUUAGAAAAUGAUCACAUCCUGUUUGAUUGGACAUGCUUUAUCAGUAAUAUCUUGACACUGGUCAGCCUUAGAAUGAAGUGCGCUAAGCAUCCUCUGUCCACUAGAAACAUGUAUGUAAGGAGGUAUCCAAAGAUGCAGAUUUGUAGAUCGUUAGCAUCAUUAAAUUUAUGAUUAAUGGCUUUAAAACUCAAUGCUUGCAUAACACACAAUGCAGCUGGACAGUAGUUUUGUCAAAGGUUUGGUUCUUAUAUGAGCAGCUUAACUCACUGGAAUCCCUGAACGACGUCAGCUAGAACCUCUGACCUAAAGCAGAGAUGAGGCUCCGUCUUCCUGACUCUACCGCCCAACAUUUGUCCAUCUUUAGUUUUGCAACUUUAAUGCUGUUUUCAAUUUAGCUUGUAAGUAGGAACUCAGACGUUUACACAGUCUGCAGAUGUUUAGUUACACAGAAUCAGGCUGGAAAUCGUUGCUGGGAAGCAGCCAUCUCUUCGUCGCAAGCAAACUUCAUCAACAGUCUGGUAAAUCAAACCAGCAAGAACAUCGACAGAAUCAAGGUUGUUGUUUCUGUUCAGAGUUAACUGAUGAAAUCUUUGGGAGCCACUUAAAACCUUUUUCACAGCGGAUGUUUUGAUAUGACAUUUAAUGGUGUUAAUCAUGUUUUUGUUUUUUUUUUUUUUUAAAUAAUGUAAACAAAAAAUGUCUGACAUGUCAACAUAUCUGCUGUUUUAAAGCGUCUACUGUUGACUUUACUCACAUGUAAGUUAAUGUCCAAAUAUAUUAAUGUUGAACAUGAAAUACAGCCGGACGCUGUAAUAAAAUAAUGGGCUUAUAUGCUUUCUUUUACUUUUUACCUUCUUUUCCUUGUUGGAAAUGCUGAGUUCCCCUUAUCAUUGAAAAAAUGUGUGUGUGCUGAAUUAUGUGUAAGCCCUGCAACAAUCCCACUAAUGACUCUGAUGUGCUGCAUCAUUUCAACAUGCUGCAAUAUUUAACUGGCUGUUUACAUUUAUGUAAAGAUUAAAGGCGCAGUUUAACAAAUAUGUAAAAUUUGUGCAAAUACCAGUCAUGUUUUUUUGGGGGGGUGUCACAAUCGGAUCAUGUGAUUAGAUGCAAAGAAAUCAGUGUUCAUCUCAGACCGCUGCCUCCUAAAUGAAUUUUUUGAUUUUACAGUCCAGGAUUUUGUUCCAAGUAAGACUUAAUGAUAUAGAAAAAAUAGUACUUUUUGUUUUACAGUUGAAAAAAAAUAUAUUUUUAAAGUGGUUUUCCAUUUAAUUUCUCUUUUAUUACAUUGCUUGUUUUGGAAUGAAACCUUCUCGUACUGGGCAGACCAAGGGCUUUGGUUUGGUUUGUCUGAGUUUCUGUUUAGUUUUCUGUCUCGCUCGGCCGCUGUGGCCGAGCACGUCGUGGGCUUUCAAGACGCCGCGACAACUGAGUUGCUUUAAUGUCUUUGUGGUUUUUUGGUUUCUCUCUGAGGAAUAAAAUCAAUGAAUUUGGAAAAAAUUAACCUGCAAUUUGUACAGUUUUUUUUUUUUUUUGUUUUGUUUUUUUUCGUGGAAAUGAUGAUUCCACAGCUGGUUGUUUUUGUAAAAUGAAACCAGUGUGAUUGAAGCUAAUUUAUAACAGAUGAUGAUGAAGAUUGUUUACCUUUUUAUUCACUAUUGAUCCAUUUCAGCCAUCAGGUUUAGGCGCAGGAACAUGCAUAAGGUUUCAUCCUCAUCAUUGGCCCAGACUCCAGAGAAAAGUUUAAUCAACACACUGACACGUCGCAUCUCUCACACUUCCUGUUGAUUUAUUUUUACCUGAACUUUUAUCUUGCACACAUGCUGCCACUAUACAGAUGGUUUCAAUUUAAAUAGAUCUUGUAAAAGGUAAAGACUUAUUUUGCAUUAGAUCAAAUUAAAUUUAAGCUUUUUUUUCUGAAACAUGAGUAUGUGGGUCGUAAUUGAAUUGCUUUGUCAAGAAGUUUAAAUUCAGGUCGGCUGAAAUGAUGGAUUGUACCUGGUCAGGCCACUAGAGCUGACCAAUCAGAGCGCACCCUCCUGCUUCUUUCUAGAUGAUCAGAUUAAUCAAAAAUCUGUGAUGCAUUACACUUUUUUGUGAUGUGCAAUGUUCAAAUAGAUGUUUUGUUGUUGUUUUUCUUUUGCUUGUUUUUUUUGUUUAUUUUCUUCCCAACAUACUAAACAAUAUCCAGACCAGGGUGCUUACUUUGAGGAUGCUUUUAAUAGAUUUCACCUGUUUCUCUGAUGCUGAUAACUGAUUGUUUAUAAGACUGCAAUUAUUUCAGUGUACUGUCAUCUGCCUGGUGUCUUCCUGGUUGAGAUUUAUCUGAGAACCAAUCAAAUUCUGCCUGUUGGUGUGGCCUCCAGCUGUGUGAGAUCAUCAGCGCCAGCAUGAUUCAGAAAUUAUUUUAAGUGUUAAAGCCAUUGAUGAGAUGAAUGUAAGCUCACACAUCAGACAGGAGUUCAGAUGUUUGUUGCUCAGAUGUAAAAAUUACAGUUGCUUUAUCUGUUUUUGCUCGUUUAGCCAAUAAAUGUGUUUCCCUGCA